AUUCAAAACAUGAAACAUAUGCGAAAACGGAGUUUCAUCGGUAUUUUGGGAAAAGUUGUACGAAAAAUCUUUUACACUUUAAAAAGAUAUAUCUCGCAAUUCUGUCACGAAACGGGACUUCAUGGUUGCAAGUAUAUUUGUGAUACCCAACGUCCUAUGAUAGAAAGAAUCGCAUGGGCAAUAACGGUCGUCUCAUCCCUGUGUAUCGCCCUCGGAUUGCUGAAAAGUACUUUGAACUUUUUCGCCGAACACUUUGUCCUCUCGGUCAUCGAAACGACCCAUAAUGGAAUAUGGAAUUAUCCAUUCCCAGCGAUCACUGUAUGCGAUAUCAAUCGCGUAUCUCUUAAUCUAACGCAGAAAUUCGUCGAGAACUUGACACUUCCUCCCACCGUGACAAAGGAAUUCGUAGCCCAAGAAAUGAAACUGUUGAACGAAUUACUGUAUCCCGGCAUAUACGGGUCACGCGUUCGGAAUAAUCUUUCGCAGUUGCAGAACAUCUUCGACAUGAACAAACUUUCAAUACCAACAAUCAUGAACUCGGUUGCACAAAGUUGUCGAAAUUUCCUGGUCUCGUGCAAAUGGAAGUCGAGAACGAAAGAUUGCAAUAGCAUUUUUCGGCCAAGUAUCAGUCGCGAUGGAGUGUGUUGCAGCUUUAAUUACAUUACUCACGACUUGAUUAUGAAACAGCCAAAUACAAAACCAUGUAAAAUGACUUCGUGUGGAUAUCAAAGUGGACUCAGUAUGGUGCUUAAUCUUGAUAUCGACAAUUAUGAUGCCGGUAUUAUGGAAUCUGUAGGUGUGAAGAUCAUGCUACACGAUCCUUACGAUUACCCUGAUUACGACGCACCGAGCAAAUUCAUAGGCGUGAAUAAAUACGCAUUUUUAUCUAUCAAACCCGUAGAGAUGCGCUCGGCCGCUGACAUCACCUAUUUAGAUCCAAAUUUGAGACAGUGCAUAUUUCACAGCGAAGCAAAUGAAAUUAUUGGUAACAAUUGGAACGAACACUUUGUUCCCGUCAAAUAUUCGUUCAUAAAUUGUUUGACAAACUGUCGAGCAUCUUUCAUCAAGAAUAUAUGUGGAUGCGUUCCGUACUAUUAUCCGCAAAACAACAUCAGAGUUUGCGAUUUGAGAGACAUUGAAUGCCUAGAAACGUACAAAUUUUGGUACGAUACCUCUUGGCCAGGAAUGGAUAUGUCGCCCAAAGCUUUACCGCAUGUAAAUUUGGACGGUUACGGAAGACCUUGUGCCUGCAUGCCUGAUUGUGAUUUUUAUCGUUAUGUCAUAGAGAAUUCGGCAGGAGAUCUUGAUAAAGAUCUUACUUACACUUAUCCCAGAAAGGACAAAACUUGGAAAAAUCAAAGUGAGAUUCAUAUAUUUUUCGGAGACCUAGUGUCUAUUCAAUACCGAAGAGAAACACAUUACAACUGGCGUCAUUUAUUUGCUACAUUUGGCGGUCUCUUAGGAGUUUUCGCCGGAUUUAGUUUCAUGUCUGUUGUCGAAAUUAUUUAUUUCUUUGUUAUCCGCUUUCUAAUUGAUGCAUGCGUAAACAGAAACACACGAAACAAGAAAAAUUAAACAUCAAUAACUUUUAUUACAUAAAUUAUACAGUAUA